AUGGCUCGACUGUCAGUUUCACGCCAAGCUUCCGGCUCCGGCUCCCUGUCAAGACAGCCUUCCGGGAGCGACGCACUUGAAGAAGACGAGGCCUCUCCUCAGAUGGGUUACUUUCCCCCUCCCUCCAGCUCGCGCCCUCGGCCAAAGUCUGGCAUUUCUACAUCUCGACCAUCCAGCAUCCAUGAGGACGUAUCAAAAGACCCCUUCCAGUAUCAAACAGCUGGGCCUCGUGCUUCACAUGCUCCCAAGCGCCAUGGCUCUGGUCAGUCUGACCUGAGUUCCAUGUCACGCCGUGGCAGACCCGGGUCAACCUCUGGCUGGAGCCAGCAAGGAUCGUCAAGGCGGCAAAGUUCCGAGGAGACCAGCGAAGAGCUAGCUCUGGCGGACGAGAGCCCGAGUCAAAUUGUCAAGGGUAGAGAAGAGAUAGUGGUCGAGGUGGAACCCGAGUCUCCUCCUGGGCGUGAAAAAGCCUCGUCUCGCACGCGUUCAACAACAAGAAAGAGGAUUGAGCCGGCGCCAACCAGGAGGACCACAUCGAGCAGGACGACUACGGGAUCAGGGACUUCUACGGGAGUGCGAAGGAAGAGGAGAGAGGGCGAGGCGCGUUGA